CGUAAACUGUUCUCUUUCGGCGAGAUGAAUGUGGAUGUUGUCGUUGUGGGAGGAGGCAUUGCGGGACUGACCGCUGCUUACCAGAUUCAUAAAAAGGACACAUCUUUACAUAUAGUUGUGCUAGAGGCCAAAGACAGAGUAGGAGGACGCACACUAACACUACCAUUAAAGACAGCUGAUGGCACAGACAAUUUUGAUCUUGGAGGGCAAUGGGUUGGGAGAUGUCAGCCCCACAUUAUGGCCAUGUUGGAGGAGCUGGGACUAAAAACACAUGUUCAGUACCUGGAUGGUAAGAAGUUCAUGCAGCUGGGCAGUGAUAGGGUCAGCAGUUAUAACUCAAAUAUUCCGUCGCUGUCUCCUCUGGCACUAAUUGACCUCCAGAUGUUUAUGAACAAGUUGGAGUGGAUGAGAAAUCAGGUCGAUGUCAGGGACCCUUACCAGAAUCCUUAUAGAGCAGAGUGGGAUUCCACUACCAUGGACACAUUUGUCAAUAAUCAACUCAGGACCAAAGGUGCAAAAGAUUCUGUUGAGGCAGCUAGUCGUUGUAUGUUUGGAAUGGAACUAUCCCAGAUUUCUGUAUUGUAUUACAUCAGUUACAUGAGUGCUUCUGGCAGCCUGAAAUCUCUCAUAGAGGCCACAGAGUACACAGCACAGGAGUAUAAAAUUGUGGGAGGAGCCCAGCAGGUCAGUCAGAAGUUAGCAGCUUGUCUUCCUCCAUCUUGUGUUCAACUGGAACAGCCAGUCAGAAAAAUCACACAGAAAGAAAAUGGUGUGACUGUAACAACAGAGAAAGGAGAUAUCUACAGUUGUGAUAGAUUGGUCCUGGCCACCCCCCCUAACAUGACAGACAGGAUACAGUUUGAUCCAUUGCUGCAUUCUAGCAGAAGAGAACUAAUGAAGAGAAUGCCAGCUGGAGAUCUGACAAAAGUCAUAGUAACUUAUAAAGAGGCAUUCUGGAGAAAGGCUGGUUUAUCUGGAGAAUUUGUCACUAAUGGUGGCCCAAGUUUGUGUUCUGAAUGUGAUCGAGGACCGCUGUGUAUCGUGUAUGAUGCCACAUCAGCCCGAGGAAAUGCUGCAAUUGUAGCAUUUCUAGGAGGGGCGCCUGCCUUUCAAUGGAGGAAUCAAAAGGAAGAAGACAGGAGAUCCGCUGUGUUAAAGUCCCUGUCAGAUUUCCUGGGACCCGAGGCUCUUCAUUACCUGGAUUAUGCCGAAAAAGACUGGAAUGUAGAGCCCUACAAUGAGGGCAGUCCUGUGUGUUGUGUAGGACCUGGGGCAAUGGCUUACUUUGCAAAAGGACUGAGACUUCCAUGCAAUAGGAUUCAUUUUGCUGGGACAGAGUCAGCGACUGCUUGGUGUGGCUAUAUGAGUGGUGCUGUCCAAUCAGGACUUAGGGCUGCCAGUGAAGUUCUCUUUCAUCUUCGACCUCAAGUUGUGUCUGCACAGGAACUUGCCAUGACAGCUUAUGGACCCUCAAGCUUCACACCAAAAACCAAACCAAAAGGAGGCAAAGCAAGGGCACUGGUCAAGGUCACGUUAGGGAUAGGAGCAGUUGUUGCUAUAGUCAUUAUAGGAAAGAAAGUUGCUGGCAGUCUUAAUGAAAAGUGUACAGAGUCAGUUUCAAGAGUCAUUAUUUUGUGAUUGAUUGUUUUCAUUACGGUUCAGUUGUUUGAAUCUUCGCUUGUAUCCAGUACUUAACAGCAGUUAACGUAUCCAGUAUUGUGAUUGCUUAUGACUUGAGUUAUAACAUGUAGCUAUGUGGUAGGAAUAAACUUCCAUGAUGUGAUUAUUUGGUGCCAAAUCUUUUUAUGUAAUGUUUGUUUUAUAAAAUUUAAUGACAGCAUUCCAGUGUAACUUUGUACCCAUAUUAAUGACUUAUUGUUAAAUUUCCAUAUUAAAGAUAAUAAAGUUGGACUGUUUCUAUUGGAAAUGUAGUUUAGAAUUUUUAUAUAUCAUUUUCUUGUUACAUUGUAUAAUGUAUUGUCUUUAUUGUCUACACCCACCAAAAUUUUAUGUUUUAUAGUGUCUGUAAAAUAAUGCAUGAUUAUAUCCACCUUUUUUUACAAGAUUUUGUUGAUGAUUUAAUAGGUUACAUGCCACUAAUUUUUAUUUGCAGAAAUCAAUAUGUGUAUGUAUGGUUUUUAUUUUUAUUUUUUGGAAAAAACCCCAACUUUUUUCUAAAGCAACCUUACUUAAAAUAUAGUUACGAAUAUGUGUAUUCUUCUAAUACUGUUGGGACUUAGAGGCCAAGAUAGUAAAUUAAUACCUCCCCAAAAAUUUACUUUGUUAAACAUCAGGUUAUCACUGCUAGUCAAUCAAAUUAAAAAUAAUGUAUCAAAAAUAAGUUCUUGCCAAUAAAUUAUGAUUUGCGGUAUACUGUCAUUCGGUUACAUGCAUAGCUAAGGAGAGGUUGUGAACAUCCCAAAAAAAAUAAAAAGAAAACUGAAGAACAUAAAGACAGGAUUUAUAUUCAUUAUUUAGAAUUUUUUUGAUUGAUGUUUAAUUAGAAAAUGUAUUAAAAAAAUGUGAUUUGAUGACUUGCCAUGUAUGUACCAAUUUGAAUUUAAAAUAAAAUGUUGCAUUGUAUGAAUUAUG